AGAGUCGCUGCAUGGGAGCACAAGAGGGAAGCUGCGAGUUUUAGCUGCACUUUCUGUUUAUUUCACUAAAUCCUGGGAGGAUUCGGGGAUCCAUGUAGCGGCUGCUUCUUCCAGAUCAACGGUCGCCGGACAGUCAGCAGAAACAGGAGCUGAGCAUUCGUCAGCGGCUGCAGGAAGAAUCCCUCCGAUGUCGCUGCUGGAGGAUGUCGUGUACGUUCUGAGGAUGGUGCUGGAGUACUUCGGAGUGCCGCCAGACGUGCUGGUUCCGGUGUGGGACAGUCAGCUGAGCGGUCAGUACCGCAGCAUCGUACGAAUGAUCGGGUCGAACCUCCCGCUGACUCCAACACCACGAGUCCACUUCCAGAUCCCUCUGGUCACCUACAGACCUCACGGAUACGUCGACGUCACCGUGGAAACGCCAGCCAUCCCAUCGUUUGCUGACGUCAUGUGGGUGUUUGAGGACGAAGGCGAAAGCUUCGCCAGAACCAGGAAUCAUUUACCUCCAGAGAAGAGCGGCAACGCUGUCAGACGCCCGGCGGUGAACAGAGUCCAGAGAGCAGGGCGACCUGCCAGGACGGCAGCCAAUCCGGACGCUCUGAAGAAGAUCUCCGCUCUGGAGAACGAGCUGCUCAAGCUGAGAGCUCAGAUAGCGAUGAUAGUCACCGAAGCUCCGCCCUCAGGUCCAACCGAGUCCCAGAGUUCCCCUGUAAGGCCUCCAGUUCCAGCUCUGACCUCCACACCUGGUCCUCGUCCUCCUCCCCCUCCUCCUCCUCCUCCUCCUCCUCUUCCUCCUCCAUGCCCCGACUCCUCCUCCGACUCCUCUGUAAUAAAACUCAUCCAGCAGCGCAGGAAGAAGGACGGCGAUCAGCCGGAGCAGCAGCAGAAGAAGCAGCUUCCCUCCAUGCUGGACGUCCUGAAGGACCUGAACCAGGUCAAGCUCCGCUCGGUGGAGAGGUCUCCAGGAGGAACUCCGGUCCGGCGGCGGCGCAGUAAAGGAGCUCCGGCUCUGCUCAGCGACCCGGCGGCUCUCAUCGCUGACGCUCUGAAGAGGAAGUUCGCUCAGCAUCGGCUCAACAGCUCCUCCGACAAGGAGAACUCGGUGGAGCUGUCGCCGUUCGGCAGCCCGGAAACCCCGAAGGUUCUUCAUGGCAGACGGAGUCGAGGGCAGCGACGCCUCUGACGCCUUCAGACCUCCACGGCUCCACUGACGUGCCUCCAAGGGGUUCUGCUGCAGCCGCCGGUCCACAGUUCACCGGUUCAUGUCCUCCAUCGGUCCCGAGUCCAUUUAAAAUCAGCUGGUUCUGUAUCUGCAGCACCUUUAUCUGCUGACCAGAGUUCUGCCUUCAGACUGUGA